UAAGUCAGAUAAGAGCAGACAAACACUGGACACAGCGGGAGUUAGACCUGCAAGCAGACGACCAACAGCUGCAGAUACAUUUUCUCACUGCGUGAAAGCAUUUCUGCUUGUGGCACAACGAAAGGUUUAGCAAAUACAUUGAGAGACUGUAAACAGUGAAGAGAUAUUUCAGUAUGGAUACGAAAAAAGUAGAGAUGAUCAAGUCGGAGACAGCGGCUGUGGCAGAUUCUACGGAUGGACUUAUACCCAGGAGGAAAGGCUCCAGCGAUACUGAGACGACAGAUUCUACGGACAGUCGGGAAUCUUGGGAUAACAAGGCCCAGUAUAUCCUCGCAGUUGUCGGCUUUGCCGUCGGGCUAGGAAAUGUUUGGCGGUUCCCGUACCUUGCACAGAAAAAUGGAGGAGGAGCUUUUCUCAUACCUUAUACAAUAAUGCUGGCUAUAGAAGGGAUUCCUAUCUUCUAUCUGGAACUUGCUAUUGGACAAAGACUGAGAAAGGGUGCCGUCGGCGUAUGGAACGAUAUAUCACCGUAUCUUGGAGGAAUUGGUAUCGCAAGCGCCGUAGUAUCGUUCUGGGUGGGGUUUUACUAUAACACGAUUAUUGCGUGGUGUCUGUAUUACCUUGUGCAGAGUUUCAUGUCUCCGUUACCUUGGUCUGAAUGCCCGACAACGGUCGCCGGUAAUUCAACAAAAGUCAUUGGUGAAUGUCAGCUAAGUAGUCCGACGACGUACUUCUGGUACCGGGAGACAUUGAAUAUAUCUUCUGACGUCGCAGACGGCGGCAGUAUGAACUGGUGGAUUGUCGUGUCAUUACUAGUUGCUUGGCUUAUCGUCUUCUUCUGCAUCUGUAAAGGAAUUGCUUCAAGCGGAAAGGUUGUUUAUUUUACGGCAACAUUUCCUUACCUCGUGCUGGUCAUUUUCUUCUUCCGAGGAGUGACUCUGGAUGGUUUCCACCACGGUGUCCGACACUUCUUCGUUCCUGACUUUGGUAGGUUAAUCGAUCCUCAAGUAUGGUUGGAUGCAGCAACACAAAUAUUUUUCAGCCUUGGUCUAGCUUUCGGCGGAUUAAUUGCCUUUGCUUCGUACAUGCCGAUCAGAAACAACUGCUUUAAAGACGCUGUUUUGGUUUCCGUCGUCAACUGCGGUACCUCUGUCUUUGCCGGCGUCGUCGUUUUUUCAAUACUAGGAUUCAAGGCAACUCAAAGUUACAACAGUUGUAUGACGAAGCGAAACUAUGAGAUCGAACGGUUGUUUAAUACGACAGACAUUAUUGUGCCAACAACUGGGGCGGUAACAAACUUUACAUUGUACGAUAACAUGACGGAUGUCUGGUACAAUGUGGUCGGAGAGAUGCCGGAAUUACCAGCUUGCGAUUUAAAACAGGAAAUUGAAAAGUCAGCAUCAGGGACUGGCCUUGUAUUUAUGGCUUUCACUGAAGCUAUCAAUCAGUUCCCGAUAGCACAGCUCUGGUCCGUGCUUUUCUUCCUGAUGUUACUGGCCCUUGGUCUCGACAGUAUGUUUGGCAUGGUGGAGAGCGUUGUUACGUCCCUAAUGGACUUGAACCUUAUACCACAAGCAAAGAAAUGGCAAUAUUUCUGUGCAAUAUGUAGCGGGUCUUUCGUUAUGUCCCUAUGUUUUGCUAACCAAGCUGGCGCCUAUAUAUUUACCUUGUUUGACGAGUACAGCGGCAACCUGCCACUCCUGAUUGUUGCUCUUUUCCAAGUUAUCUCAGUAUCCUAUAUCUAUGGUUUAAAAAGGUUUGGAGACGACAUCGAGUUAAUGACAGGACAGAGACCCAACUGGUAUUGGUUGGCCUGCUGGAAGUAUAUUUCACCUUUAGCUAUGUUUAUCAUACUGCUUGCUAGUCUGGGCAAGAUGUCCACAGGAACAACGUAUGAAGCCUGGCAUAGGCAUUUGGGAGAAAACGUAACACAGGCAUGGCCGGGAUGGUGUAAGUUUCUCGCAGCGUUUCUGAUUCUCACACCGACUUUGUGGAUCCCAGGAGUCGCAAUAGUUAAAUACUUCAGACUGUAUGAUUGGUCCCAACCUGAACCAGCAUUUUUCCCGAGGGAACUACUUCAGGAAGAGCUUGCCUUAAGAAAAGAUAAUAGCCGCAAAUCCGAGUCAAAAUGGCGGGCAAGUUGGGAACAUAAACUCUUCUACUGGAUGCCGGUGUGUGGAGUAACAUAUGAAACUGGACUGGGAAAUCAUGUAGAAACAAUAGUUGAAGCAGAUACGGCCUCGGUAGAUUCAGGGGAGGAGUCACCUUGCUAACAGUGAGAAAAGAAAGACUGUAAAUGUAGCUUACAGAAUUGUCAGGAAUCGGUCUGAUCACAUACACAUGUAGCUUACAGAAUUGACAGGAAUCGGUCUGAUCACAUACACGUGUAGCUUACAGAAUUGACAGGAAUCGGUCUGAUCACAUACACAUGUAAGCUAAGGAACUUCAGCACCAACUGUAAACGCGAGUUUAACAUGUUUUUCUCUAAGAUUUUGUACCUUGAUCUUAAUAUUUUAUACUUUAUUUUUAUAUUUUCAAUAAAGUCACUUGGA